AUUCAGCUCUAUAAUGCUUUAUAUAUCUUGAAUUUUUGUUAUUACAGGUACAAAGUGAUCCUGAAGACCAACACAGAUAAGAUUAAUGCACUCCGUGGCAAGUUACUGGGGCUUAUCAGUGAAGAGGCUAAACAGUUAUCUUCCAACAACCAAUCCAUCGUCUCCAUUGCCUUCCUGGCCUUUGGUGUGAUCCUCUUCGACGUACUCACCGACGCCAUUUUCGGGGGCCAGUCCAACCUGGUGGCGUCGCUUGUAGGAGGGUCAGCAGCGGCCCAGAGCCGGGAGACGAUGCUUCCCGGGUUGGGUCUCUUCGGGGACAACGUCAACAACCUGGCCGAGGUCGUCCUCAACAUGCUCACUAUUUAUUUGUACAGAGACGAGAGCCCAGACUGUGGGGAGCGCCUUCUGUGCGAGAGCAACCAACAGGCCGUUAGCAGAGGGUUCCUAGACUCCCUAGUCACCUACCUCAGUGGAUUCAGUGUGUCCUUCUUCCUCCGUCAGGCGCCCCUGUCCCAGAACCUGGAGGCGAUGAGAGCGGGGAGGAAAGGACAGAACUGCGUGGAGCUGUACCCGAAGUGCUCCAUAUCUCUUUAGGCGUGCCACGCUUAUGUAUAAAAAAUGAUGGUUUCUUAAGAAAAUGAUUGAGAUGGCCAUUUGUCUGUCUGUCCGCACUUUUUCCGUCCACCCUAAGAUCUUAAGCAUUACUGAGGCUAGAGAGCUGCAAAUUGGUGUGAUGAUCAUCCACCCUCUAAUCAUCAAGUAUACCAAAUUGCAGCCCUCUUGCCUCAUUAGUUUUGUUUUUAUUUAAGGUAAAAGUUAGCCAUGAUCAUGUGUCAGGCACCGCUAUAGGUGCCAACAACUCAGGCCAUCACCGGCCGUGGCUGAAAGUUUCAUGGGCCAUGGCUGAGAUUCUCAUACAUCAUUAUACACUGUACAGAAAACUUGAAGAUUUUUUUUUGCAGAGUCUGAUAUGAGGGGAUCGGUUGGGGCAUUUAUCCAGGGAUCUGUAGGUAAAAAAUGAGAUCAGGAGAAAGGUUUUUGGACUUGUUUGAAAAGGUUUUCCAAUUUUUGGGUAACUUUCCGUAUUCUGGGUCAGAUUACAAGUGAACGAAAGAUUUGAUGUAUAGUAUAUAUAUUUAUAUGAACUUGGCAUAUGCUACAUGCGUUGGAACCCGGCGUUGCUGUCUUCUCUAACCUCCUGAAUCCCUACCUACCCUGCCCGCACCUGGGGCGAACAAACAGGUUUGCAGAAGGAGGGUGGAUGUCUCCCCUACCUACCAAAAAAAAAAAAAAAAUGCAUAGAAAAUUACCAAAUCAACACCUUUCUCUAUUCUUCGCAACUUCUCCUCACAGGCAGACGUAUUUGCUACCCGUAUCAUCCUCUUACCUGGGAUUUCAUACAAUGGGGCAUUAUCACUUGAGUAUGAGUGGGCACUGGGUAGGAUAAUUUGCUCUCUGGGGGCAGAGAGUCAGACAGGGCUCUGGUGUAGGUGAAGAGAAGUAGGUGAGGUGUGUUACAUAGUAUGACUUGAACUCACGCCAUCAGCAGCAUUGCUCGAUGGAGACACAGUGAGGAACAUCGACUGCAUAUUGGUGCUGCUGUGUUUAAGAAUAAAAAUAAAUCCAGUUCUA